UGGCUGUUUCCUGCUUCUUCUUCUGUCCAACCACCGCCGCUGCUUAAGCCCUUCGUCAGUAGAGCGCUGUAGGCACGGCGAGACGCUGAACGUGGACGCGGCACGAAUCUCCCAGUCACCCACUGUAUUAUCCCAUCCGAAAUCACAGCAAUGCGCAGGAAAUCUAGGAUUUUAUUAUGUUUCGCUGUGCUGUGGGUGCUUGGCAUAGCGUAUUAUUUCUACUCGGGGACAACGCUAAGUCGAAAGGAUGACUGGAGUGGUAUUAAUUCAAACAGAAUACAAUCACACAGCAAUGCAGAUGACAAAGCCCACAGCCUAGAGACCCUUCCUCCAGGGAAGGUUAGGUGGCAAGACUUUGAUCAGGAUCUGUACGUGGGAGCGACUGCGGUGAGGCCAGGGCAGGAUCCCUACGCCCGCAACAAGUUUAACCAGGUUGAGAGUGACAAACUCCGAAUGGACCGCAGUAUCCCUGACACAAGACAUGACCACUGUCGUCACAAGCAGUGGAAAACAGAUCUUCCUUCGUCCAGUGUGAUUAUCACUUUCCAUAAUGAGGCCCGUUCAGCCCUGCUGCGCACUGUGAUCAGUGUACUGAAGAAAAGCCCACCCAAUCUGGUCAAAGAGAUCAUCUUGGUGGAUGACUACAGUGACAGCCCUGAAGAUGGUGCCUUACUUGGGAAAAUUGAGAAGGUCCGAGUUUUACGAAAUGAUCGGCGAGAGGGCUUGAUGCGAUCACGCGUCAGAGGGGCGGAUACGGCCACAGCCAGCGUACUGACCUUCCUUGACAGCCACUGCGAGUGUAAUGAGCAUUGGCUGGAACCCCUGCUGGAAAGGGUUGCUGAGGAUAAGACUCGGGUUGUCUCGCCCAUCAUAGAUGUCAUUAACAUGGACAAUUUCCAGUAUGUCGGAGCUUCUGCAGAUCUUAAAGGAGGUUUUGAUUGGAAUCUUGUUUUUAAAUGGGACUACAUGACCCUGGAGCAACGACGGGCACGGCAAGGAAACCCCAUUGCUCCCAUCAAGACACCAAUGAUUGCUGGAGGUCUUUUUGUAAUGGACAAGAACUACUUUGAAAAGCUUGGGAAGUACGACAUGAUGAUGGAUGUGUGGGGCGGUGAGAAUCUUGAGAUCUCAUUCCGCGUCUGGCAGUGUGGAGGUAGUCUGGAGAUCAUUCCCUGCAGUCGAGUGGGUCAUGUCUUCAGAAAACAGCAUCCAUAUACUUUCCCAGGGGGAAGCGGGACUGUGUUUGCCAGAAACACCAGGCGAGCAGCAGAGGUAUGGAUGGAUGACUUCAAGAAUUUCUACUAUGCUGCUGUACCAUCAGCCCGUAAUGUGCCCUAUGGCAAUAUUCAGAGCAGACUGGAAAUGAAGAAGAGGUUGGGCUGUCAACCAUUCAAGUGGUACCUGGAGAAUGUGUACCCUGAACUACGAGUGCCGGAUCACCAGGACAUAGCCUUCGGAGCACUUCAGCAGGGCCAGAACUGUCUGGAUACGCUGGGACACUUUGCUGAUGGUGUGGUGGGGGUGUAUGAAUGUCACAACGCAGGGGGGAAUCAGGUAUCAUUCAGAGCUCAGGAAUGGGCUCUGACUAAAGACAAAUCCGUAAAACACAUGGACCUGUGUCUGACGGUGGUGGAUCGCACCGCCGGCUCGCAGAUCAAGCUGCAGGGCUGCAGGGAGAACGACAGCAGACAGAAAUGGGAGCAGAUCGACAACAACGCCAAACUGCGACACGUGGGCAGCAACCUGUGCCUGGACAGCCGCAGCGCGCGGAACGGCGGUCUGACGGUGGAGGUGUGCAGCCCCUCACUUACCCAACAGUGGAAGUUCACUCUCAAUCUGCAACCCUAGCUUGACCCCGCCAGUCCCAGGCCUCCCCUUCUCGCCCUCAAACAGCCCACGCUGGGCACGCACUCGCCCCUCAGAGAUAUCGCUGUCCGGACUCGGGUCCGCCACAACGCGGCCGCUCUGGUCUACAAGGGCCAUGGGGCACCGAAAUCAGACAACAUAAAGUUGAUGAUGAUUUCCAUCUAACUAUAUACCUCACGGUUUUGUCUUAUGUCCAGGUGUUGGAAAGUGAAUCUAAACUUUUUUUCUUUUCACGUCCUGUUGCCAAUGUGAGCGAAAAGGAUCUGCUUUCUCGUGUAUUUGUCUUUUUGGCAUUUCUCAUUUUCUUCAGUGGAUUUCAGCACAUUUUUAUGAUGGAGUUGACGUCCGUCUUUUUAUUUUUCUAGUCACGUUACCAAUAGCGUUGAAUGUAAUUUACGUUUUACGGAGGCUCCCGACCUGCGCUGGACUUUUGAGUGAAAACCGUUUCAGUUUGGUUUGAUUUGUGGGCUCGUGGGAUUGGGGGAGGACUCUUGUCGCGCACGCUGACACAGACACAUUUUUUCUUGGGAGGACUUCGACAGCCUUGUUUCAAAUUGCGGUGCAGGCACGGAAAAGAGAGCUGGAAAAAAUUGAGACCUUGACUUUUUCUAUAGUUUCUAUUGAUUUGUCUUUUCUGUUGAAGGUGCAAUGUGUAAAGAUUCAACCUGCUUUCUUUAAGAGGCCUGGUGUGUUCUAAAGGAGAUCUGAGGCAUUGUACAGAACUUGACUGUUGGAUUCACAUACUGUAGCACUGGCUGCUAACAAUUUAGUGUUUAACAUGUCUUCAAACCCGCAUUUUUCUCUCGAAUCAUUUAUUUCUUUGUAGCCUUUUUUUCUUAAAUGUGUAUUAUGUGAAAUAAUCAUGUAAAUCUGCUAACUCCAGGCAGACUUUGCUCUCAUUUUCUCUUUCAUCGCUCGGAUACAUGCACAAGUGGAGUGCACUCUGGAUCAUGUCCUUUAUUUCUUCCCAACAGUGGUUUUAUUCUCAAGAUGAAUCAUGAUACUCUCAAUGUCAUUACUUGAGCAUCCCUUAUUUUCACAGUUAAAGUGACAGCCUUUUGUUAUCCGUGAUACUGUAAAGAAAAUGUGAGGUGUUUUGCUUACCAAGUUUUAAAGUGUGCUUUACACAUCUGGUCUCAGAAAAGAGAGGGCAGAAUAUUAUGCGUCUGUCUGUCUGUCUGUCCGUCUCCAUUUUCUCACAUUAUCAUGUCUUUAUGCUUUCGGGUUAUCGUGGUACUUCAGUUGUCACUGGUCGAUCCUAACAGAAGUAGGAUCCAAAUGUAAAUCCAAUGAACGGGGAAGCCUGUGACAUGUGAAGUCGAAUCAUUUAAUCCAUUUAUCUGUCGUAUACCUGAGCUGGGAUAAUGCCGUAGCAUUCUGACUAACUUAUUGUAGGGUAGGAAAACAAGACUAAGUGAGCCUCUGACUUUCCCUCGGUCAGCUUUUCUCAUGUGUCAGCAGUAAAUGUUAUGUUAAUCUUAGACUUUGUAUGAAUCUUUCACACCAUCCUGUAUUUUUAUAGACAUUACAGUUCCCUGUUGAUGAUAAGAAAAUGGAGUCAAAACAUGGAGUCUUGAUUUUUCAGAUUGAGUGGCAUCCACAGCGAAUCUGAGGAGGAGAAACAAAACAGUCAACCUGUAUUUAGGAUGUGUGUUUUUGUAGCGUCUCCAGGUUUCCUGUAGUCACGCGGGUCUGCUACCCACUAGCACAUUAACAGCAGAAAGAAACUUUGAGAUGUGGACCGCAUAUUGCUGUUUUCAAUCACGCCAACUUUUUCAAGUGAAAUGAAGCCGGCGGAGUGGGAUCGCCUUUGCUGCUCACCACAGUAUUCGUGCAGAUGAACUGCUUUGAACGCUGAGAUUUCGGAGAACGCAGCCAAAUUAGGAGCAAUACGUGAUGGCUAAUUGCAUAAUUUAAUUGGAUGAAAUGUUUACAUUGCACACUGUGCCAAAGUCAUUUGCUGUUUGAGUGAAACAUGGAAACACAUCUCUAUUCAAGGCAGGACCGUUUAAUUUUCAGUAAAUGAAGGACGUGUGACCCCACCUGCUUUUUGUCUUUUUCAAAAUCUCAAUGUUGCAUUCAACAGCAAAGGAAAUGGCAUGGGGUCGACGCUUGUUCUAGUGUAUAUGUGUGUAUAUACAGUAUGUAUGUCCAUGCAUGUACAUUUAGACUCAUUCAGUUGCAGUUAUAGUGAUUUGGUCAACUGUACAGCGCUUGUAUUUGUUUAUUGUUUUAUAGAUAUUGCAGAAGUUUGAAUGACUGAAAAUAAUUAACUUAAAUAAAAUUUAUAUACAUAACCAGUGUCCACGAUAGUAUAUUUUAAAAUGAAUAUUAAACCAGAAUUAUGAUGUAAAAACUUUUGUAAAUGAAAAUUCUUUCAUCGUUUACUCACCCUCAUGUCAUUUCAAACCUGUAUGUCUUUCUUUCAUCUGCAGAACAUAAAAGAUGAUAUUUUGAAGAAUGUUGGUAACCAAACAACAUUGGGCCACCAUUGACUUCCAUUGUAUGGACAAAACCACUGGGACAUUUCUCAAAAUAUCUUCUUUCGUGUUCCACAAAAGAAAGAGGAUGAACUAUCUCUUUAGUAUAUAACGAGUUUCUAUAUGUUGACGGUUAAUGUUACAGCCAUUUAUUACUGUAUGAAAUUAACUGGUUAAGUAUUUAAUAUUCAGUGUAAUUUCCAACAGAAUAAUUGAAUUGUAAUGCUGACAAAGCACCAUUCAAUAUAUAGUGUUGUAUUUUCACAAAUAUUGCAGUUAUUCAAUUCAAUUUUAUUUAUAUAGAGCUUUUCACAAUGUGCAUUGUUCCAAAGCAGCUUUACAGGAGAAAAUAAGAAAAAUAGAAAACCACAAAAAAGGUAUUACAUUGUGUUUAUAGAACAAGCAAGAUCAUUCUAGUAAAUAAUAUCUAAAAAAAUGCAGUCUCCCGGUGGUUUAUUUAGGAUAUUAUGCAUUAAGUGAAUGCUUGGCUGAAAAAAAGUUAUUACAGAUUUUUCACAAAUUUUCUGUUUUAUUAACAGAAUUUUUUACGUAUUUUUGGAAUACGGUCAAAAAACGUCAAAUUAAAGAAAAAAGACUGCAAAUUUACAAGAAAACAGGAAAACCAUGUAAUUUUAUGGGGGGAAAUGUUUUUAUUUUACGGUAUAUUUCUGGCGCCCCAGCUGCUGGAAAAUGUCAAUUUUAUUCAAGUAUUUUUUACAGUAUUUUCUAAAUAUGGUCAAAAAAGUCACAUUACAGAAAAAGACAGCAAAUUUACAAGAAAAACAGGAAAACCAUGUACUUUUACAAGAACUUAUUUUAUGGAAUAUUUCUGGCGACCCUGCCGUUUUUUAACGGCUAUUUUUUAAAAUGUACAUUUUGCUCAGAAGUUUGCAUGUAGAAUUACAUAUAAAUGUUGCAACCAAGUAGUGCAGAAAAAUCUUUAUAAACAACAUUUAUUAGUGUGCAAAUUGGUGUAAACUCCCACAUAGGCAGGGAGCUGGAGUAUACAUCAGUUUGGUGACCGGACAGCGAGAGUGAAAAUGACAGAUUACACAUCAUCACACUGACAGACAUAUACCCUUCCAUACACCUUAUUUUCAACAUUCAUAGUGAAAAGACAAGUGAAGUUACAACGAGCAUUAUACUGUACAGCAGGACACAGCACAUUCCCACGUGAAUAGAUACACGUCCAACACUGGGUUCCUGUUUGGUUGUUAUUGAGGAAUUUGGUCCGUUUAAUGAGUAUUCACGGAUUACAUAGUUGCCAUAGCUGUUUUCUUUUAUUAAAGGGUCAGUUUUGUUUACUUGCUAUAAUGCCAUACAAAGCUGGCCUUAUAUCACACUGUAUAACGUUAGCGGCCUGUAAAGAAGCGUUGUCUUUUGGAAGGGUUAUUUAUGUACUGCACCAGUAGGAACUUUCAUUAGUUUGCUGUUUUCACUGGCUCACAUAUUAUGUUCUUGGCAGAGAUGUUCAUAGCACCC